UAGAGCACCGGUUAUACAUUUCAAGCGUCUCGGUACAAGUUGUGAAACAUCGUUCAUUUUUUACCUAUUUAUCAAUUAUUUCAUAUUAGACAACUAGAGAGUUGGUCAUGCUAAGUGCUAAAGAACUUUUCAAGUAUAGAACUGGUCUUGAGCAGAUAAUGCCUCCGAAAGGAGGAGAUAAGGAGUACUUGCCAGAUGGUUCGUGGUUACAAGACAAAUGUAUUGAAAGCUUUAAUCGGGAAAGGGAAAGAGUGCUUUCUGAACCAAGAGUGGUGAGAAGUCACGACCUUGUGAAAGGAGAAUGGAAGCCAGAUAUUGGCCUUUUGGAACUUUUUCAUGAGAUGAGGAAUUUUUGGGAGCAUAUGGGGUUUGUGGACAAGAAAAGGAAAUGGCUGUACCCUGAAGAGGCAUUGUUUCUAAUAGAAACUGGUGUUUUAGAAAUGUGGUAUCAAGGUUUACCUGUAAGCAUACAAGAAGCAUACUCAACAUUAAUUGGUGAAAAACUCCAGUUGGAAUACUAUCAGGUAUACGCCCAUCUACGCAGAAUUGGAUAUGUUGUACUCAGACAUCAGGGCAGGUAUGCAUUUACAAAAUAUGAAAGGCAGAUUGCUUUAGACAAACAUGUUUCUCAUAAGAAGAAAAGAAAUAAAGAAAAAAGAAACAAAGCUAUUGACCAGUCUAAUGAUGCAGCUCAUGUUCAAAUGUGUGACCAGUCUGCAGAUAUUUCUAAAAAUAGAAUAGGUAACCAAUCUGAGAAUCUUCCAGAUUAUAAAACUAACAGAUCUGAUGAUGAUCAUAAAGGUAGAAUUUGUGAUCAAUCAAGUGACAGGCAUACUAUAGAUAUAUCUGAAGAUAAGUUUGAUGCAGUGUCUACUGAUGGUGCAGGUGGACAUGGGGCUACCAGAAACAUUGUUGAACAAGGGGAACGGAACCAGUCAAAGAGAGCGAAAACUGAUGAUCUCUCUAAUAAUGUAGUAUACCAAAAUUUCGAACCCCAGAGCAGUGACAGCUUAAAAGAUAACUUGGCUGGAGAAACUCAGACAAAAACUUCAAAAUGGAAUUUUGAUGAAAUUAAAUUUCCAGAUUUUAAAAACUCAGAAGAAAGGGUGUCAGUACAGAAACCAGACGUUAAAUACAUACCACAGGAUCAUGAGGUUAGCUUCUGUGAAUCUGAGUAUAGUUUUGAAAAGAAACAAUACAUCAACACAAAGAAAUUGAAGAAGAAGCAACAGAUUUUAGAUGAAGCAUUAGUCCAGGAACUAGAUUUCUCCUAUCCUGAGAUCAUGACAGGGUGGCAUAAAGUUAAAAAAUCAUGCACCAGUUGGAAGGAGUACAAAAUGGCAGUUAAAAAGGAAAAGGCAUCAUGGGAUAGGUCAACCAUAUUUCCUCAUCUCUAUGGGGACAAAGUAAAACCAUUGGUUAAACCAGAGCUGGCAAGGUCAACAUGUGCUGUAUUAGAACAGUUGAGGGUUGUCGAAGAUGAUGUGCAAAAGAAGUGUGAUAGAAAGCCAGAUAUAGUGCCAGACUUUGAUGUGUAUGCUCCAAACACAAAGUUCAAGAAAACCAAACCAGGUAUUCCAGACUUUAGGGUAAAAGUCACGAGAACUAGUGACCCAGUUCCAGAUCUUAAGCUAGUUAACUCCAUUGAUAGUUAUUUGAAUGAUGAAGCAUCUCUACAAUGGGCAGUAGUGGACGGUGGAAAUAUAGCAUUCUACUGUAUGUCCGACAUGCCUCUGCCACAGGAUAUAUCAUUAGGAUGACGUGUAGAGAAAUAUAGCAUUCUACAGUAUGUCUGAUAUGCCUCUGUCACAGGAUAUAUGUUUCCAUACAGUAUAUGGGACAUGCUGUGCCACAGGACAUAUCAUCAGGAUGAUAGGUAGAGAAAUACAGAAUUCUACAGCAUGUCUGACAUGCCUCUGCCACUGGAUUAGUCCCAAUCUGUGACUCUAGUUACCUCCCCUGACGGUCCGUCCACAAACUGAAAUUAAAUGAAAGUGAUAAUUACACAACGGGUUGGACUACCACUGGAUAUGCUAACAGGAUACCAGGUAGAGAAAUACAGUAUUCUACAUUAUGUCCGACAUGUUCUGCCACAAGAUAUAUUGUUAGGAGGACAAGUAGAGAUCAUAAAGAAUAGCCGUAUAGCGAAGGACUUUACACUAGACUGUGGUAGAUUGUUAGAACGUAGUGUUCUAUUUAUAGCAUUAGAUUGCCAGCAUUGAAAGAUUACAUGUUAAGAGCAAAGCUUUUACCAUAAUUAAGUGUACAGUAGGUGGUUUUAAGAACUGUGCAAGUGUUGGUUUCUAUCUUGGAAGUAACUACUGCAGGAUGUUGUGAAAGAAUAUUUCUUAAGUUGAUCACAUCACCUCUGUUCAUCCUCAUGAAAAGCUUAAGAUGAUGUGGCAAGCCCUCUAUUUCAUCUCGGGCUUUACAUGUGUAUAAUAAAAUGAUGAUACAAG